CAGUUACCGAUCUGAAUCUGCUGUCAAAACGUCUCCUCCCUCCACCCACUUUAAAUACCACCAUCUCCACUUCCCACUCAAACCAACCUUUAAUUCUCUCUCAAUCAAUAAUUUUACCUUCCCCAUAAAAAGUGGAAAAGGGAUUUAUUCUUUAUUCUGAGUGAUCAAAAUUUGCCAUGGCUGCUAGUGCUUAUGUGUUGCUGAUUAGCAUGUUGAUGCCCAUCUUUUUGGCUUCCUUCGUCUCUGCAGACCCCGAUUUGCUUCAAGAUGUCUGUGUUGCAGAUCUUGCCUCAGAUUUAAAACUGAAUGGGUUCCCGUGCAAAAGCAACAUAACAGCCGACGAUUUCUUCUUUCCGGGGUUAGCUAAGGCGGCGCUUACCAAUAACACAUUCGGCGCAACCGUUACACCAGCCUCCGUCACACAGCUCCCGGGGUUAAACACCCUUGGAGUGUCCAUGGCUCGUAUUGACUACGCACCAGGCGGCCUGAACCCACCUCACACCCACCCAAGAGCCACCGAGAUAGUCUUUGUGUUGACCGGAGAACUGGAUGUGGGAUUCAUAACUACAGCAAACAAACUAUUCACCAAGACCAUAAAGAUGGGAGAAGUCUUCGUAUUCCCCAGAGGCUUACUUCACUUCCAGAUAAACAACGGUAAAGUUCCGGCAGCUGUAAUUGCUGGCUUCAACAGCCAGUUGCCGGGCACCCAAAGGGCGGCAGACGCUUUGUUUGGAUCAUCUCCGACUGUGGAGGAUCAUGUGUUGACGAAGGCAUUCCAAGUUGGAACUAAACAGGUGGAGAAGAUCAAAUCGAGAUUUGCUCCCAAGAAAAAAUUACAUAAAUGGUCCUUGCGAUUUGCAAAUUGUAACACCGGAGGUUCUUUUCAAGGUUUGUGAACACCAUGGGUCCUUUUGAGAAGAAUUUUGCACACGAGGGGUCCUUUUCGUAAACCCUGUUAACUUAGAGAUGUGGGUAACCACAAACCUCGUCCGCCACACCAGCAAAUCACUAUUUCAGAUGAAGAAGACAUCUUCCCAUUUUGACAUCUUGCUUACUUUUUUUGUUUGUACAUUAGUUUAUGUUUCUGUUUGUUGCUCCCUG